AGCCUGGGCACGGAGGCCCAAGACCUUACGAGGAAGCUUGGCGAGGCUGGGCAGAGCCUGGCGCAAGCCAGGACAAAGACGACACAGAAAGAAGAAGAGACUCACCGACUAUGGAUGGCUGCUCAAGGAGUUAGGGCGACCAUGACAAACUGCAGACAUUAUUUAUAAGCAUUCUUUGUGGUCUUUCUUAGAAGCAAGUUCAAACUACGCUUUUGAGUACUGACACCUAGGAGGUGGACAACGUCUAUCCAACGUCUAAUUUCUAUGCCUGUCUUUACUACGUUGAGCUGUCAUGAUAUGCGUGUAAAAGUGAAAUAGGGUGCUAGAAGUGAUCUAUAUCUUCUUAAAAGUGGGGCUUCUUAACAUGCCGUAGUAGCUACAUUGUUAACUCUGACUUUCUUUUGAGUUAGGAAGAAUAGUGAUGUAGUUUCUUAGACCAAGCAAAGGGAUGACUUUUAGUAAAUUCUUCUAACCGAAAAGUCGCGAGGCUGGAGCAGGAGACUUCGGAGAUGGAAGUUGCAGCUGCAGAAGAUAUGCAGGGAAUUUCCGGAUCUCCUUCUGCCGUUGUCGUUGCGGGUAUUGCUGAUAUCAUUAAGACACACCAAAGUGCAUCCUCAACACCAUCCUUGGCCUCCUUCUCAAGGUCGAAAGGGGCCAAGCUGGGAUGGCCUUAGGAAUGCGGCGCAGCAGCUCUAAUCUCGAGGGGGCUAUAGCAGAGGCGCUGGCACAAGAGGCUGCUCUUGCUACAACAACAGAGAACUUGGAAAAAGAUAAAAAUUACGGUCGGAUGUACGACUUUUUUUCUCCCCGGUCCUGAAGAUCAUUCUGGAUGCUCACAUCCUAGGUAAUGCUCCCUGGUCAUGUAUUAGAUAAGACCUUCCACAAGACAUUACUGCCUACCCAAGAAUCAGCAUGUUUUCUGAGUCUGUCUUCUUCACUUAGUAUAGAAAAUAGAUGUUGACUUAGUACAAAUAGAUGGUGGCACGAGUGGGAGAGAAAAAACUACCUCUUUCAUACCAUUGUAGAGUUGAAAAGCGAGCUUGAACACACUGAGCAACACUAUGCUUCUGAGGAAGCCGGGUAUAAUGGCGAAGAGGCAGUUGCUCGCGAACUUGAACUGCAGAUCCAG